AUGAGUCAGCCAGCUGGAGGCGUUGGAUUGCACUCUCGACAACAUCGCAAACUCCCAGGACGACUCGGCCUCGAUAGCAUUGCCCGCCUUGGACUCGCUCAACCAUUCGGGGGGCCCCUCGAAAUAUGCAAGGUAGAAUUGAAGCAACUAGAACUCAAGUUGGCCCCAGCACAAGGUCGCCUCAAGCAGGUUGGGCGAGUUUUAAUCUGGCCUCUCAAGGAGAAGGAUGUCCAGAAGACCCUUGGUACCUUAGCCCGCCAGCGGGGACUUUUCCAGCUUGCUUUAACAGCGGAUCAGACCACUAUCACCUUAGCAAUAAAAAACGUCACAUCCAGGACCGAAGAGACUUUGGUCACUUUGACCGAAAGACUUCAAACUGUGGCCAGAAAGCAGAGGAUCGCACAGAUUUUCGGAUGGCUAGCGGCGCCAGACCCAUCUUCAAACCAUAUUAAAGCCUGUCAGACCAAACAGCGGGAGACGGGACGUUGGUUUCUAGAAAGUUUGAACUACAUCAACUGGAGGAACCAAAGAGCAUCAUUUCUUUGGCUUCAUGGAAUCCCUGGCUGUGGUAAAACUGUACUAUGCUCUACCAUCAUCGACGACAUUGCUCCCACGUGCCAGACGAAUGCUCACAGCAUUCUAGCGUUUUACUAUUUCGACUUCAACGAAAUCAAGAAACAGACUUGCGAGGGUCUCGUGCGCUCGCUAGUUACUCAGCUAUUUGGUCAAUGUUCAGAGAGUUCAAAGACAAUGGAGGCACUUUUCAUGGAAUGUGGCGAAGGUCAGAGGAAACCGACCACUAAAAGUUUGGCUCAAGCUUUGAGAGAACUCACUGAGCAGUUCAAGGAGAUUUACUUCAUUGUGGACGCACUCGAUGAGUGUGUAGAUAUACCAGCAGUGAUUUCAUUGAUUGAUGAGAUUCGUGGCUGGCAGAAUCAAAAUCUGCACAUCCUCGUCACAAGCCGAAAAGAGAUAACUAUAGAGAAAGGAUUUCGACUCUUAACCACUGACCAGGUCCAGAUUCAGAACCAUCUCGUGGAUGCCGACAUAAAGCUGCUCGUUCGCGAAUGUCUUCGCGGUGAUCCUGAAUUGAGUCAAUGGUCUGAAGAUAUUAAACUCGACGUUGAGAAGACCCUAUACGAAGGCUCCAAGGGAAUGUUUCGUUGGGCUGUCUGUCAAUUAGAUACCUUGCGUAAGUGCAUCAAGCCAUCCGCCCUCCGGAAAGCUUUGGCUUCGCUUCCAAAAACGUUAGACGAUACUUACGAGCGUAUACUGUGCAACAUCGACGAAGACCAUGCUGAAGACGCCUUGAAAGUUUUGCAGUGGCUUGCUUUUUCUGCGAGACCACUGGAAUUAAAAGAAAUCGCCGAAGCUACUGCAAUAACACUGGACGAUCUACCUAGAUUCGAUCCUGAAGAUCGACUCCGUCACCCCACAGAUAUCCUAGCCAUCUGCUCUAGUCUGAUAUCUGUAUCGACUAGACCCAUCGGCUUAUCUUUCAAGUCAUCAUUAAGGGGAGGCUCUUCUCUCCCGCAACCAUUGCCAGAGCUGGUGUCCACAUACGAAAAUACCUACUUCCAUGCUAGCCGGCCGAAGGGGGAUACGAGCUCGUCUGGUAGUAUCUCUUUAGAGCAUGGUUCCACUUUUCCAUCUGGUGUGCCAGAGCGAGUGUCUGUAGUCGAAGAUGCCCGUUCUGCUGACAGCCGGUCAGAAACAGAAUCUUCGGACGAGCAUGAGCAAGACUAUCCUCGUCACUAUGAGGUACGCUUGGCGCACGACUCCGUCAAAGAGUAUCUCGUCUCGGAGCGAAUCAAAACAGCCAGAGCGGCUUUCUACAGCAUCAGUGAAGCCUCCACAAAUGUUUUUCUAGCCAGAUCAUGCCUUGCUUAUCUAAUGCACUUCAAACAACCACUGAGUGACUCUACAGCUGAGUAUCUGUCCGAGUAUCCUCUACUCCGGUACUCUGCCCAAGAGUGGGAGUUUCAUGUCAGCGGUUCCGGAGAUCUGAACCGCGAUACUCGUAUCAUUUCUAUCUUGAAGGAAUUCUUUCUCGCCCAAAACUUUUCCUUCGCCAACUGGCUAAUCGUGCCUUUCGGCCCCUAUUUUGGCAAUUUUCAAGUCAUGGAAGAGACAGCAGACGAUGGCGCAGACCUCAAACUGGAGGGGCGCCUUUAUCACGCAUCUAGACUUGGCCUACUCGAUAUUUGCAAGAUACUUCUAGAGCAAGGAGUGAGUGCAGACCCUCCCACCGAGUCCACUACCGGCCUGGUGAAAAGUCUGAGCACUCCUCUCCAAGUUGCAGCGGACAAGGGGCACGAGGGCGUGGUCCGAUUGCUGCUCGACCACGGUGCAAAUGUCAAUCAGCGUAGUGUCUACGCCUCCACGCUAGACUACGCAGUGAUGGAAGGUCGGGAGUCGAUCGUACGGCUCCUCCUGGAAAGGGGCGCAAAAAUCACCAUUGAGGCAGCCUCGGCUUAUUACGGUCUGAGGGGCCUUGCUUCCUUGGUUCUCGCUGCUCGUGCCGGCCGCGUUGGCAUUGUAAAGUUGAUACUCGACAACGGAACAUACCCGAGGGCGAGAGAGUCAUACAGUGAAGCCUACCAAGAGGCGAUCACGCAAGGUCAUCAGGUGGUCGCAGAUCUUUUGCUAGAGUAUGGGGCAGAUCCGGACUAUUUCACUGGGAUCAAUGACUCAGAUGGCUCAGAUGACGAGUACUUUGACAUCGAAAUAGGAAUGAGAUCUCGAGAUGGGCAAGGAGAAGUGAAAUCUAUCUGA